AUAUAGUACAUGCCAGUGGUGCGUCGGCUCCUGGCUAGCUGUCUCGAUUCCCUAAAGUGCCUUUCCUCAUCGGAGGAUUUAGUUUUUUCCAGCAUUUUUAUUCAGUUACACUUCCAGAUAGACGAUCUGCAAACACCAACGAAUGACUCAUACUGAGGAUAACUCCAGGAAUUGUAACAGAUUUGCUCUACUUCAAAGGAAUCGUAACCAAUGAGAAAAUGUACUAAGCGACAAAAAGUUGUGGAAUUUGCUGUGUCAAUUGACAGAGCUAUAUUUGGAGAGAAACAAGACAGUAUAUGGCUUCCAGUCCAUCAAAAGAGUGCGGCAUUUGCAACAAUGCCUUCGACGAAGGAGAACACUGCCCGCGGAUCUUAACUUGUUUCCACUGCCUGUGCACAGAAUGUAUCAAUCAACUCAUCGAAACCGAGGAGGUAACUGUAACUGUAACUUGUCCCUUCUGCCGACGCAUAAUGGAAGCCACUUCUGUCCAUAGCUUUGGCGUUAACACCUGCUUGUUAGAGCUCUUGAAAUAUGUAGCUGAGCUUGAAACGACUCGUAAGAGUUAUUCGUGGGAAGCAGCCAAUUUCGAGGGUUGUUUGGAGGGUUUCAGGGAGGGAGUGAACGAGAUAAACCUUACUUAUUGCCAGACUGCUAAGUCUCAACUUGAAAGCGCUAUACAGGGAAACUGUGAUCUCAGGAAUCGCAUCUUGGAAGCCAAGAGAAAGAUAAAGGAUGAUAUGCUGACCAAGAUGAAACAGAUGGAAAGGAACUAUGAGCGUCAUUUAGUCCAGUUGGAAGAACAAAAUGAGAUCUUGAGGCGUCAACUCAACAUGCUAUUCGAAAAGGAAAGACUGUUAAAACAAGCGGAUGAGAAAUUGCAGGAAGCCAGUGACUUCGCUAUGGCUGGUCCUAUCAUGGACCAGACAGAGGAAAUCACCGGAGGAUUGAGGACGUUUGUGAAUGAUUUGAAGGACGUCUCAUCGUGGGAUGAGACAUGUCGACUCAGCAUUCAGAAGGUGCUUCACAAAACCAACCAAAAGAUCUCUCUGAUAGAAGAGAUUCUUACCGCUGAGGACGAUGAAGACCAGACUGACCUCCUCGAUGAUGUCAAUGCCCUAGUGUUUGUUGAGGAUGUCCCAAGGGCGACUGACGCUCGUGGUCUCCUGGUCAUUAGUAGUCCAGAAAGACAGUUGGCUCGAGAAGGGAAGGUGUAUGCGGUGCAGGAGAAAGAUGGCAGGAGGAUUUAUGCGAAGAUCACGCUCUCAGAGGAAGGGAAGGUGUGUCUGCAUUGCCUGAGACAGGAUCUUGGGCCUCCUCCUAAUGCUCUGACAAUUUCUUAUGCUGAUGUCACUUCGCUCUUAGACAUGUCAGUCAGAGUGGCCUUCCUAGAAUUAGCUGCAGAGGACGGAACGCUUGGAAAACUCUUCAUCCGCCUUUCCCCUGAAACAAAAUUCGCUCAACACUUCGCUGCACUGUGCACAGGUGAAAUGGGCCCGUCCUAUGCUGAUACAAGAGUCUUGGAAGUCAUGAGAAAAGACUCACAUGGCGGUGAGCGCGUGCUCUUCGGAGACUACGAAAACAACGAUGGCUCUGGCGGGAAAGCACUGGUGCCCGGUCUGGGCUGGGGCGAGUGGAUGAAGGAUACCCACAUCUACCCUGCUGUAGCUGGAGCAGUAGGGGGCGUUUUGGGGACUGAGGACAAUACUGCACAGUUUGUUAUACUAACAAAGGACUGUCCUGGACAGAAUCUUGGAGGAUGUUUUGGAACUGUCGAGGAAGGGCUGCGCGUUCUGACUGAAAUUGUCUCACAGUAUCCCAACAUCAGGGAUGUUAGCAUACAGGACUGUGGGAUCCUACUUAAUCCAUAGUCUAUAAACUAUCCAUUGAAGCUACACCAUGUUUCUCAGGGUCAAAAUUUCACAGCAAUGAAUAAAUACAGUUACAAGAACUGAAAC